AUGAUCUGCGUGAUCGUGUCGGUGGUCACGCUGGUUGCUGCCUGCAACGAACAAGACCCUCGAGUGGAAUUGCACGCGUCAAGGGCAAAGCCAUGUCCGAUUUUCAGACGGCGUCCCAGUGGUGCAAGUCCGACUCCCGCUGCCGACCGCCUUAAACUCGUCACCGAUCGUGGUAGAAGUCUUCCAUUACGAUGCGACCACUUCUUCGUGGUGCAUGUGUACUUGAAAACGCAUCGCAUGAUAGGUGGCUGGUCGAGCAAGAACACUCUGCUGCACCUCUUGGCCCGCACUUCAUGUCUCGCCAAUGCAAUACUGCUCAAGAAUCGAACUGGAUAUGUAGCCGCCCUGGUGUGGAGCGGCUCGUUGGCUCUGUUCCUUGUGGCUAUAGUCGCUGACGUUGCUACGGUUAUGACGUGGAGGCACGACUGCUACCUCCUCGGCCUUGUCUUGGCCGACGAAGUGUCCAACUCGGUGCUGCAAUCGCGAUUCUCUACUUUGGAAAGGGCCUCUGCCUUGCAAAACGCCACCAUAGAGUGCCACGUAUGGCCUCGCGCGAUCGGGUUUACCAUUUUGUUUGCCGCCACAGGAUGUUUAUGCUGUGGCAGGCAACAUCAUGUAUUCCCUG